AUUUCGAAAAUGUUGACAAUGCAAGUUCAAAACUAUUCGAAAUUACUUGUUCACUUAAAAGUGAAUUUUUGUUAUUGUUCAAAUAAUUUAUUCCUCUAUUUAAUAUAACAUUUUUAAAAGCGUAUCUCAAGAUUUUUUAAACUUUCAAAAGCUUUACUCAUAAUAUUAGUGAAAAUAACAAAAGAAAAUAAAAUGAUAACACUUUGAAAAUCCAAUAAAAAAUUUUGCAUUACCGAUGGAUAUUAUUGAAGACUUGAUUGAAGAUACUGAAGAAGUUUUAACUUUUCAUAGUAAUGUUCGUGAGAAUAUUAUCUUUGUCCUUAUAUUUUUAUUAUUACUGGCAGGGAGUUAUGUGUUAAUUGAACGUUUUCGAAGACGUGAUCGUGAAGAUAUUUACUCAACUGAUGAUGACGAACUGACAGUGUACCGUAUCACUUUACUUUUCUGCAUUUUUUCAUUUUCUAUUGCUAUUGGUUCGAUAUUCUUGUUGCCAAUUUCAAUCAUGAGCAACGAGGCCAUAUUCUUAUUACUGCCAUUUGCAUACUUAUUCAGUGAAUCUUCAGGUUUCAUAGGAUAUAAAAAAGGAAUCAUUUCUCGCUUGUAUGAAACCUUAAUCGUUUUUGCUUUAGUAAUACUUCUGGUUGUUGGAUUCAUUUACAUUAUCCUUUCUCUUAUCGAUCCUGAAAGAUGCAGACUCUUCUCUUUACUCAGUAUAACAACAAUUCAUUUGCCGUUUCUAUAUUCUUGUGUUUCUUUUAUCGGAGUUCUUAUAUUGCUUGUAUGCACCCCUAUUGGGUUUAUAAAACUUUUUGGUAUCAUUGGACAAUUAUUGGGAAGUCCUAGAAUAAAAGAUUCUAAUGAAGAUUUUCAACUGCAAAAUUUUGAAAGAGCUUCAUUCAAAAGAAAAACUAUUGACAAAAAUCAACCAGAUGCAGUUUUAUUUAACCAUUUGACAAAAUCUACAAACUGUUAUAAAUACAGUUACAUUUCAUUGUCGUCCAAACUAUCUGGAAAUUUGGAGGAAUUAUCCAACUUCAAACAUUCAUCGCAAGUAUUAAGUCAAGAAAAAAGCCUUUUAGAAAUUCAACUGAAAACAACUGUAACCAAAGGAAAACAUCUCAAAUGUGUGACGUGGGAGAAUCAUUAUGAAUUUCCAGAGAUGAAAUGCAAACAUUCAAAAGAUAAUAAAUUUACUGCUCAAAGAAUUGAGAACCUUAAUAAGAAAAAGCACGCUUCAAAAACAUUAUGGUAUCUAGCUUUGCUAUUCCUUCUACUUCUGACUUCAAUAACUGUUCUGCUUGUGCUACAAAAUACAAUAGAGCUAUUAAUAGGAAUCAAAGCAUUACCAUCAAGUAGUAGACAAUUUACUUUAGGAAUUUCAUCACUAUCAAAACUUGGAGUGUUUGGAGCUACGUUAGAAGUACUAGUCAUUUGUUAUCUUGGAAUAACUUCAUUCGUAGGCCUAUACACUCUGCCACAAUUAGGAAAAAUUCGACCGAAGCUUAAAAAGACAUCACUGAAUCAUUUGAUUGUCAACAUUACAUUUGCCCUGGUUUUAACGUCAGCUUUGCCACUUCUGUCGAGAAUUUUAGGGAUUACAAAUUUUGAUCUUCUAGGAGAAUAUGGUGAAAUGGAAUGGUUAAGAAACUUUGUAGUAAUUUUACUUUACAACAUCAUUUUUAUGCUCUCUGCUGUAUUUUGUAUCAUCAAAAAAUUCUCAUUGACCUUACAACAGGAGCUAUUGGCUAGAGUAGUUGAAAAUUAUCUAAUAUUUAUAAGCUAUGUUUCAUUUAUAAAUUAGAAAUUUUUAAAUUUGCUGCAGCAAAAAAAUAGAAUUAAAAAUAUUCACAAAAAAGGAGUGUCAUUUUAUAAGAACUUCACAAAAUAAAAAGAAAUUUAGUAAAAAGUAAAACAA